GGUCAGCCAUUUCCGGUGUUACCAUCUCAUUCACCACAGAGGCAAGAUUGGAAUCCUCGAGACCUUGUUUUAUGCCGCGCGCUGAUGCACUUGGAAUUCUCCUUGGAUUACAAAACGCUCGGCACCGAUGAUAUCGAGUGCCCCGUGAUCCACAGACUCCCGUGUUUGGAUACUGGAAAGAUAAAAGGAGCGAGUGCGGAGUUAAAUGCGCUUGAAACUUUGAGACCCUCUACACAAAAUCUUGUUUUUCGCGAGUCAACUUCCACACAAACGAUGUUGGUCGCAACGAAAUUCCUAAUAUUGGUGGUGCCAAUAUCGAUGUUUCUCGUAACCGCAUGGAUAUAUAAUCUCGACUUGGAUACGUCGUCGAAACCAGUAGAGCAGCCGAAUAGACUACACGGCAAUUUCUUGCACAUCACCGACCUUCAUCCUGAUCCUCACUAUGUAGCAGACUCCUUGGUGAAGACGAGAUGUCAUGGAAUAGUUUCUCCAGAAAAGAAGCCUGAUCACAUGACCAAAGGUGUUGCUGGCAGUUGGGGGUCACCGGCGACAGUUUGCGAUUCGCCGAUGAGCUUAAUAAAUGCGACAUUUGAAUGGCUGGAGAACAAUUGGAAAGAUAAACUGGACUUUAUAAUUUGGACUGGCGACAAUUCCAGGCACGACAAUGAUGAGAAUAUACCGCGAAGUCCUCAAGAGUUGUUUGAGCUCAAUCGAAUGAUAACUUCGAGAUUUCUCCAAACGUUUGCCAACACUCGGCUACCUCACAAAAAACAUGCACCGCACUUUAUACCAAUAAUUCCAUCCAUAGGCAAUCACGAUAUCCACCCUAACAACAUCCUACCUCCUGGACCAAAUGAUGUGCUAUCAGUCCUUCAAGAUAUCUGGUCCCCCUUCAUUCCUCACGAUCAGCGUAAAACCUUCCUUCACGGUGGAUAUUAUUAUACCGAGGUGAUACCAAAUAAAUUGUUGGUCGUCUCUUUAAACACCAUGUACUUUUACAACUCCAACACAGCAGUAAAUGGGUGCAAAGAUCCCAAGCAACCGGGAACUGCGGAAAUUAAAUGGUUGAACGGUGUCCUGAAGAAGGCAAGAAAACGGGGAAUGAAAGUCUACUUGACAGGUCAUGUCGCCCCGAGACAUAAACAAUACUCCUCAUCCUGUUACAAAAAGUACGGGAAACUGGCGCUAAAGUAUCACGAAAUAAUAUUGGGUCAUUAUUAUGGACAUUCGAACAUGGAUCAUUUCUUCUUCAUUGGAGCCAAUGUCAUCGACAAAAAUCGUAAUAAUACAAACGACGAAAUCAUAUUUACCAAGGAUGAAGAUGAUUAUGAUGAUUUAUAUGAGAGAGUUGAUUCCAACGAAUCAUCGUCCCCGAAAGACAACUUUAACGAGGAGUCCUCCGUGAAAGUUUCUUCCGAAUCCGACAUCGACAAUUAUUUGAACAAGCUUCUCAACCAAUAUCAAACCGUCCCUCCGGUUACCGAUGCCGUCGCCAAAGAUUAUGCCGUGAUUCACAUUAAUCCAUCCAUAAUCCCAGUAUUUUACCCGGCAUUAAGGAUCGUCAAGUAUAACACCACCGAAAAGAAGGGAAACAAAUCUCCCAAGGGACACGAUCCUGACGCACCUUUGCACAUCAACACAUUCUUAACGCCAUUAGGAUAUACCCAAUACUUCCUCAAUCUCACAGAGGCCAACAAGUACCCAAACAAGACACCCACCUUCGAGGUAGAAUACACGACGUGGAAUGACUACGGCAUGAAGGAUCUGACGGUGCCAAGCUGGAUUGAAUUGGCACGAAGGAUGGUCGAUCAAGGGUUGAAGGGUUCGUUAUGGAAGAGAUAUAGGGAAUAUCUGAUGGUGGGGACGAGAUCGUUGGUGAAAGCGAGGAACAAGAAAUUCCGAAAAAAGUGUAUAUAUAAUCAAUGCAGUGCCAAGGGACCUGAAAAUUAUUUGGCUGCCGAGCUCGAAUUUUAA